AUGGCUAAAACUUCCAAGACGGUCCCCAAAAAGGAUAAAACAUCAUCCUCUUCUGCCUCCCGACCGGCCAAACCGGUGGUGCCUCCAACUCUUGAGAAAAUCACCCCCGGUCCUUGCAUAAUUAAGAAGGACUUUAGUGUUGAGAAUCCCCCUGAUUUCCCAGGCCAAGGCGAGCAUGCAUCUCGAUAUAUUAGUUUGAUAUCGAAGAAGCUCAUCAAAGAUGUGAGGAGGGACUCCGAUGCCUGGGUGCCUCAAGCGGUGCCCGACCUCGAGGAUUGGGUCCGAAAGUUAGCCGCCACCUCUUCCUAUGAUGAGCGCCUUGGUGAUGCAUCCGAGAUGAGGCCGGCUCCGCCCAGGGAAAAUACCAAGCCUUCAAAUCCAAAGUCUGAGAAGGAUAAUAAAAGAAAAAGGGUUUCGAAGACCGAAGACCCUCAAGACAAGAAAACCCCUGCUCGAAGGUUGCGGAAAAGAUUUGCUCAAACGGGCGCAGAUUUGGCCCAUGAUUCCCUGGAUGAUGAAGAAAAUGAUGGUGAAGAGUCGGGGUUGGUGACUCGAACCAGGAAACCAAUCGAGGCCGCCAAGCCUUCUAAACUGGAAACCUCAUCCUGUGGUAAGGGGACCCCGAAGGAAGAAGAGGGCAAGGCCCCCCUGUCCCUGGAGGUUGAGAUCGUCCCUCUGUCUUCAACAACUAUACCAGAAGGAGCUCGUGGCCGCGACAACAGGUCACUCCCUUUCUUUGCUCGGCGAAGAGAAAGUCCUGAGGCUUCUCUGCGGCCAAAAGGAAGAGGAGCUUAA